GCCGGUGAGUUCCUUUCUCUGUGCUUUUCUCUUUCACUAGAGAACAUUGUGUGACGUGAUCCUCAUGGUCCAGGAGAGGAAGAUACCCGCGCACCGUGUGGUCCUUGCUGCAGCGAGUCACUUCUUUAACCUGAUGUUCACAACUAACAUGCUUGAAUCCAAGUCCUUUGAAGUAGAACUCAAAGACGCUGAACCUGAUAUCAUUGAACAGCUGGUGGAAUUUGCGUACACUGCCAGAAUUUCUGUGAAUAGCAACAAUGUCCAGUCUCUGUUAGAUGCAGCAAAUCAGUACCAGAUUGAACCAGUGAAGAAAAUGUGUGUUGAUUUUUUGAAGGAACAAGUUGAUGCUUCAAAUUGUCUUGGUAAGAAAUACCAGAUUCCUGGAUCCUUUUUUUCAAAAAAAUCCUCAUUGUGUAUUUAAAUAAAGAAAAAACCA